GCGAGAUCAAAUGUUUGUGACAAACGUUCUUUCACAUCUUAAAGUAUGUGGCGAAAAUGAUGAGACUUUGGUUCAGAACCAUUAGUCACCCUGCUGACAUGUCUGCCUGUCUGUCUCUAGCUUAUAAAUACAUCACAACAUCACUGUCAGUACACAGUGGGCGGGAGAGACAGGAAGAGAGGAAGAUGUCACAGGUGAAGGAAAUAAUGACGCAAAGGAUGGGUAGAGUAGAGCGAGACACACCUUAAAGAAUAAUAGUUGGGGGGAGAGUCAAAGUUAUAGACAACAAAUACUUGCCAUUUGGUGUGGUGUCUACAGUGCAAAAGAAUGGUGAUGGAACAGUUAUUUGUGGCUGUGCUAAUGAUGUCUGCACACCUAGCAGUCUCAUAUCCUAUGAAUACAGGGAGAAAUUACAUGGAUGGAGAGAGACAAUGCAGACUGUGUCCACCAGGUCAUUAUCAGAAGUCCUGUUCAGAGUGCUCUCCCUGUCGAGAUGGUUCCUACACAACACGAUUGAACGCAGAGUCCAGUUGUCAUUCCUGCUUCAAAGACUGCAAACGUGAUUUGCACCUGGUGGAGGAUGAGCCGUGUACUCCUGUAUCGGACGCUAGAUGUCGCUGUGAGGCUGGUUUUACCUGCACCGACAAAGACGACCAGACAGGAAACUGUAGAGACUGUGAGAAGAUCCCUCAGCUGCCCCCACCUCCCCUUCCACCUAGCAAUGUAGUGGGCAUCAGAAACAACCAGACAGGAACUUCCUCUGGACGCUGUCAACCUCCCAACUGUGACACUCCACGAUCACCAGUCUCACAAGCAGGCAACGCCACUCAUCACACCUCAGCUGACACCAGCAAACACUUGGCAGCCAUUUUGUGUCCUAUGGUGGUCAUUGGAAUCCUAGCCGUUAUCAUUCUGUUAUGUAUCCGUCGCCCAGGAAAUGAAGCCUGUUUCAAACAAGCUCUCAAGUUCUGUAACAAGGGAGUAAGAGAAACGUCGCCUAACAAGACCAAAGAGCCACCUCAUCAGCACAAUGCCAGAGAGGCACAGCCCAGUAUUAAGCACCAGACAGUGGAUCCACCACCUAUUACAGCAGCAAAUAUGGGCCCAGUCCAUGUCCACAAUGCUGGAACAGUCAUCUUCAGUUUACUCAACCAGUUCACUGGUAUGGGUGGAGGGAUGGAAGAGAGAGGGCAGAAAGAGAGGGAUGAGGAAGGAUGUCCGACCCACCCCACACCCUCCCCUAACAUCCAUCUAUCCCAGGAGGAAAGGGAUGGGGAGAUGGACUGUGUAUUCUUCCCUUCACAGGAACAAGGGAAGGACAGUCACGUUUCCAAAGAGGAGGUGCAUUGAGGGGAGGGGGAUUGAGGACAGAAAGUGAAAGUUUCCCUUCUAGGAUCAGUUUAGCCAACCCUACAUCCUAAUGUUAAUCAUAAGGAGGAUUAAGACUUACCACUGACCUUGGAUCAGUGGUAAGGGACAACAUCUACCUGGGGCUCUAUUCAGUCUGUAGCACUACAGAUUGCGUGAUAGGAACAGAGGUCAUUUCUGAAUGAGCCAACAUAUGCAGUGUUUAAUGUGAAAGCAGUCUCUUCUGACACAGGAACAUUGUCUUUACAUUUCUAUCAGGCUGUAAAGCUGCACUUCUGCAAUACAGAUUGAAUAGAGCCCUUUUAUUUAACUAGGCAAGUCAGUUAAGAACAAGUUCUUAUUUUCAAUGACUGCCUAGGAACAGUGGGUUAACUGCCUUGUUCGGGGUAGAACAACAGAUUUUUACCUUGUCAGUUCAGGGAUUCGACCUUUUGGUUACUAGUCCAAUGCUCUAACCACUAGGCCACCUGCCACUCUUACUCUCAGAACACCAGUGAAUCCCAGAACUCUAGAAUGGCCAUUAUUUUCUGUUCUAGACUUAGAUAGAGCUAGACAUCUCACUAUGGUGGUCAUGUACACAUCCACUUGCUCUCAUUUUAUUGAACUGUAUAAAAAGCUUUGUCUCAACUGCUGCAAACUGUUUUUUUCUGUGUUCAUGUGGCACCUUGAACUGUUUUUUCACAAAUUAAAAUCAAAAUAUGAAAUAUAA